AUGGCUGCCGGCGUGAUCCGGCCCCUGGGUGACUUCAGGCUGCCCCUGUUGGCCCACCAGCCCUUCCUGCCCCCUGACCUGGAGCUCCCAGAGACUUCUGAGGAAGAAGAGGAGGAAGGCGAGGAAGAGGAGGGCGAGGAAGAGGAGCAGCAGGAUGGAGGGUGGACAGGGAGUGGUCCUGGCCCCCAGGUUCCCCUGCAGGGCCCUGGCAGCCCCGAGACGCCACUACGACUGCUGCGCUUCUCCGAGCUCAUCAGCGGUGACAUCCAGCGGUACUUUGGCCGCAAGGAGGAGGGGCAGGACCCAGACAUGUGCGGGGAGCUGGACCGGGCAGAGCUCGAGGGGGCCCCUGGGCCCGGGCAGCCGGAGGGACCGCUGGGUGGGGCGGCGCUGGGGCCGCUGGCUGAGCUCUUUGACUUUGGGCUGCGCCGGUUCUCGUUGGCAGGCGCAGCGGCUGUGGGCCGCAGGCUGAGGCUGGAGCGCAAGUACGGCCACAUCACCCCCAUGACCCAGAGGAAGCUGCCCCCAUCCUUCUGGAGGGAGCCAGCACCCAGCGCCCUGGGCCUGCUGCACCCCGGCACCCCGGACUUCAGUGACCUGUUGGCCAGCUGGUCAGCAGAGGCCGGCCCCGAGCUGACGGGCGCCCAAGCCCUGGAGGGGGCUCAGCUGACAGAGGCCUAG